AUGAUGGUUGGUUUUAAGAAUUCAAUGAUGAAUGUUUUUGAUAUGACGGAUCUGGGGAAGAUAAGAUUAUUUUUUCUUGGGAUAGAAGUUUUGCAGCAGUCUGAUGGCAUAUUUAUUUGUCAAAAGAAGUAUGCCAUGGAUGUGUUGAAACGUUUUGGCAUGGAUGGGAGCAGUUCAGUAGGUAGUCCGAUCAUACUAGGAUUCAAGUUGCAUAAAGAUGAGUAUGGAGUACGAAUUGAUGAGUCUUAUUAUAAGCAAGUUGUUGGGAGCUUAAUGUAUCUCACGGCAACUCGGCCGGAUUUAAUGUUCAGUGUAAGUUUGAUCAGUAGGUUCAUGGCCGAACCUACUGAGAUGCAUCUUCAAGCUGCCAACAGGAUUUUGAGGUAUUUGAGAGGCACAACCAGUUUUGGAAUUCUGAAUAAGAAGGGAGGGACAUAUGAGUUGCUUGCCUAUACGGAUAGUGAUUAUGCAGGUGACAUAGAGGAUCGGAAAAGCACCUUAGGCUAUGUUUUCUUAUUAAGUUCAGGUGCAGUUUCUUGGCUGUCAAAGAAACAACCCAUAGUUACUCUUUCUACCACAGAGGCAGAGUUUGUGGCUGCUGCGGGGUGUGCAAGUCAAGCUAUUUGGAUGAGAAGAGUUUUGGAGACUCUAGGCCAUGCUUAA